GAGGCGAUGAUCUCAAAAUCCUACUUCUAGAUUCGCCGCUACGAUUUAGCGCCAUGAUUUUGGUAUUGCCUAAAACCAUAGCGUUGUGCAUUUCCCUACUUAUUUCUGAUCAGAUAUAAGAAAUUAUAGAGAAUCUUUGCCUAAAAUGAACCCUCGAAUACUUCAAUUGUUGGUGUUUAACGUAAAAACUGGGAGACGAGAAUUUCAUAUUACAAAAUGCUUGUCACGUUUUUUUGAGAAGGAUCCGAAAGGUGGAUAUCCUAAAGUAUAUGAUCGUCUGGAAAAAUCAGACACUUCUACAUUGGGAAAAAUUCGUACUGGUUAUCAACAAAUAGUUGAAGAAUUUAGUCUUCUCAAGGAUGAAAUAAAAGAGCUGUCUUUCAUGGACCCAACGAUAGGACUUAAAGAGUAUGCAGUUGAUGUCAAAUGGAAGUUUCAUGACAAUCCAAAAGCACUUAAAGAAUGGGUGAUAACUUGUGACAGUGAUUACAACGCUGGAUUUUCUACAGUUAGUUUAGAGCUGUCGCCAGGGGGUAAAGGUCUUUUCACUGGAUAUUUGGAUACAAAGCUUCCAAAAGAUGGAAAGUUGAAACGAACAGGAUACUGCAAUAUGAAGUCAUUACCACCACGAAAAGCAUUUCAACGGGAAGAGCCAUUUGAUUGGGGAAUGUAUACUCAUAUAGUAUUAAAAGUACGUGGUGAUGGACGCUCAUACAUGUUAGGUAUUACUACAAAAGUUUCAUAUGACCUCAUGUGGCAUGAUGUAUAUAUGUUUCCAAUGUAUACUCGAGGAGGUCCUUAUUGGCAAUAUGUAAGGAUACCAUUUUCAAAAUUUUUUAUGUCAAGUAAAGGGAGAAUACAGGAUAAGCAAGCUUCAAUACCAUUACAUGAAGUAAGAACAUUUGGAAUCACAAUUGCAGAUGCAAUUCCAGGUUCAUAUAGAUUAGAGAUUGAUUACAUAGGGCUACAAUAUGAUCCAUCUCAUGAAGAGGAAUUUGCAUAUGAGUCGUAUCGAGUUGAUCCAUUUAUUCUAGUCUAAGAUUCAACUUAAAAAAAAGUGUAUCAAAAAUUAUGUAAAUAAAUACUACUGAGCUUUAAAAAAAGCUGGUUAUUACCCUGUCAAGUAAAAAAGAUCCAUCCUGAAUAUUAUAAUGCAAGCAAUAA